AUGAACUUGAAGAAUUUGGAGGAAAGUUCAAAACGAUCUAAGUCACUCAAACGGUACAGCUUAAACAGGAAAACUAAAGAAAAAGAAAGGUUUGUAUAUCAUAUAUUAUAUUUCUUAAUCAUUUAGAAAACUUUUCUUAUUAAUUAAGUAUUGUUUGCUUGAUUGGUAUUUUCCUAGAUUUAGCUUUGACAAACAAAUGAUCCAAACGACAAGUUAUUUGCAAACGUAGGAUGUCUAGAUCUCAAAAAUAUCCGUGUAAGCUCUUUGAUUCCUUUCAAAGAACUCGAUCCCAAAGAGUGAUCAGAAAUUUGCUUCUCUCCUAACCUGUUGCUCAGUUUUUAAACUCAUAUAAAAGUAGUGCUUUGUUGGCAUCUAAGGGUCACAUGUUCCAAUCCUCCAGAAACUGCACUUUAUUCCAUUGACAUGCGCGAGAAUCAGUUCCUCAUCCACUGACCCGUAAGUGAAAUAACAUUAUAUAAUAUAAUUUUAAACUUGUGAUGGUAAAUAUUCUGCAUGUACUGUUUUAAAAGGAAAGAGCGGAUGACUAAAUCUGUUGAAGACGAAACGCAGUCCUUGCCGUGCUCCCCGGCCUGUGGGGCAGAUGCAAAUGCAACCUGUCAAGAUGUCGAGAAGGAUACUUUGUGUCUUGACGCGAGAAAAGAAGACUCAACCGGAAAGCAAGAAAAUGUUAUAUCGGCCGCCACAGUCGUCGUUAGCCAGGAGCUACCAAUUGGUAGGUUAAAUCUUUCCUUGCCUUAGACAUGAGAUAAUAACGGUAACUUCUUGAUAUCUUUGCUGUAUUACAAUCCCUAGGGACGAUAAAAAAGACACACCAACCUGCGUACGGUGUAAACACUCAUGUGAUGUCACAACGCCUUGCUCCAACUUCCGUGAGGCCCGACACCAAAAACCCGCCCAUGGCCCCUUGUGGCCCGGCUGAAUUAAGAAGCGUGCGCAUUGCUAGUCAGUUAAAGAACCAUCCUUCCAAACAGACGGAGAGCCUAUUUCCUGCUCAACUGCAAUGCACUGGUCGUGCUCCUAACUAUGUGCCACAUCAUGAAAAUUUUCGAGCGGCACCCAGAUACUUUCUGGCUCCAAAUUUACCUUAUAACGGAAAUACAAUCAUGCAUUCGGCAUUCAUGAACAUUCCACAAAACAACCCCGUCAUGUAUACACACACCUAUAUGACGCCGUUUCAAAGUCCAGAAUUUCAUGCCAGUCAAAUUGCGCAUACUCAGAUCAGGAUGCAGCAGAACAGAGAAGCUUACAAUGCGUUCACCGCAUAUGGACAUCCAUUUGGAGUGUUCUGGAGUAGACAGAAUUAA